UGUUUAUUUUAUCAUGAAUAAAAGUUACUUAUUUUUUUUGAUUUGUAUUACUUUGAGUUUGUUUUAUUUGGCAUCAAGUAAGAAAUGUGACAACUAUUUUGGAACAGAGGGAAUAUUAUUAUUAAGUUGUUCAGAGUUUUGAAGAAAUAAUCUAUCUAGGGAUUUUGAAGAUCCAAGCAAAGUUUAAAAAUUACCAAUAAAACAUAUUUUUAAAUCUAUAUAAGUAUUAUAGUACUUAUAUAAUAGUCUUAUGUGACUACAACAAGAAGAUUAAAAAUAAUAGCAAUUCAAAAAUUUUUUUUUCUUAUAAUUAAAGAUGAUGAUGUGUUUUAUCACAUGCUAUCAUCACUUCAUGCCAUGUUUGAAAUGGGAAAAAACUGUCUACAAAUUGAACUGAUGCUAAUAUUUCUUUACCUGCAUUAGAGAAUGUACAUGACAUAAAAACGGAAUGAGAAGCAAACAAUUACUGUGCUAGUUUUCUAAGCUAAUGGCUGUGUUGUCAUCCCCAUGGUGGUUUUUCCAUACAUCAGACCACCAAAAGAAGUCAUGAACAUGCCAGAAGAUCGGUUCUUGGGUUGAUUUGAAACUGGUUGGAUGAAAAAUGAGAUUUUCUAUGAAUAUAUUGUUAAUGAUGUAGACAAAUGGUAAACUGCUCAGAAAACAAAAUGGCUGGUGCUGCUUUUAGUUGAUGGACAUUGUAGCCAUUUAACACUUGAGCUUAGUAAAGAAUGUCAGAAGAAAAGGAUCAUUCUUUGUACUCUGCUCCAAAUAUUACCCAUAUCAUGCAACCUGCAGAUGUGAGUGUCUUUAAGCAGACAUUAUGGAACUGGCAGCAGAAACCAGAAAAUGUACAAAAGCUUGUAACAAAGGCAACAUUUUGCCUUCUAUUAUCUGAUGUUCUGAAGACUGUAACUCCUCCUAUUAGCAGUGGUUUCAGAAAGUGUGGGUUAUUUGUAUCCAAAAUUUAUCCAAAAUACUUGAGAAAAUCUUGAACAUUUAAACAAAAUUGAUGACAAGUCUAGUAGACCUACCAGCCAUACAACUGUUUCUUUCACAAAACAAGAUUGUGAAUUGCUGAAAAAAUCUUAACAUUUUAGCCAUCUCUGGAGAUUCAUAGCAUCAACAUGAAUGCUUUAAUGCAAACAGUACAAAAUGCUGGAAAACAAUUGAGAAAUCAACAGAGAAUUUAGAACCUGAUCAAAUAUACAUUCCUGCAAAUAAUGACAAUGCCUAUAAAAUACAUUUGACACAGGCCCACUUCCCAAUGACAACUGUGUUCUUGAUAUUUAUACUGUCAACUCAGAAGGAAUCCUAGAACUUAAAAAUACCAAUCAUACUACCAUUACUCUUGAUACUACACAUGUUCUCGAAAUCACACUCUCUUUACAACAGGCUUUCUCUGCAUAUAUCAACUGACAACUCAUCACUAUAUCUCAAUUCAUCAGUUGUAGGUGGUGAUUACACAUCUGACAAUCCACAGGUCUCUGAAAUGCAGACAAAGUUUAAUCCAGCUCAAAUCCUAAGAAAUUGGUAACAUCUACACUAGUAUUUAGAAAUCAAACUUUUCCAAAUCGUGCAAUUUUAUCAAGUUCUGAAAAUUCUGAAACAAAUCAGUCCGAUUUCAAUCUAUCUCCAGCAAUUCCAUAUACAUCAUCACAUGAAAACGUGUCUCCUGGUUUCCUUCUUUAUUUGUUUUGGUCAUAACCAAUUGUUACAAAAAAGAAACAUGAACUGAAAGAACCAAGUGCUAUUGAUUCCAAAUCAUGGAGAGAGUUCAUAUUAGAUAAGGAAAGAAUAAAAACAAGCGAAACAAAAGAAAAAAGGUGGAAAAUGGAAAGAAUGAAGAAAAAAGCUGAGAAAUCUUCCAGGAAUUGUAGUAGCAGAAGAGGGAAAUGCAGAAAAGUGUGCAAGUUGUGCUGAGGAUUUAGAUAGUGACACAGAAGUGGGUGAACUAAAAAAUGUUGAUAUUGAAGCAGGUGGUACCAUUUGAAAUGCUCACCAAUAGUGGGAAUCGCUUAUAAUGUAAUCAUUCAUAUGAUGUUUGUAUAACAAAUAAACCAUAAUUCACAUAAGUGUUUAAGUGAAUUAUCCUUCUUAUCCAAUUGAAUUUAUACAGAUAAACACUGCAGUUCACUUAUGUGGACGACAAUUGGAUCAUCAUUGGUUGGACUUGGGAAUUUCCUGAUCAACUACUGGGUGAACAGUCCAUGUCAUUAAUUUAUUUUGUUUUAUAUUAAUGUAAACCAAGGGUCUCCAAACUUUUUUGAUUGUCAACCCUUACCAAAAAGUUUGUGUUUCAAGCAAAACAAAAAAUGUGUACUUUAUCAAAUUUUCCUAUACCACCAUUGUCUGGAGAAAUAACGUUAGGUGAAUUUGAAGGUCAGUUAAUAUCAGGAUCUUCUUCCUUAGAUAUUAGAUGUUUCAAGAAUGUGAUUGCAUCUUAUCCAAAUAUUGAUGUAAGUUCUGAUAUUCUUCGUCCACACGUAAGCAGAGAAAGUGCUAGGAAUGCUUUUAUAGAAGCAUCAAGUACUACUUAUAAAAAAAUAAUAAAUUCAUGGAAUGAAAGUGGAGUUUUAGGUGUUUUAAAAGAACUUUCUAGGAAUGAAGUAAAAGAAAAUUUUGUAUAUCAUUGGAUUGGAAAGGCUGCAAAUUCUUUACUUACAACAUAUAACUGGUUCCAAAUAUUGAAGGCUUCCAUUUUUCCUCAUCUCAGGGUAAUUAAACAUUUUAUUAUUAAGGCCAAGCUGUCACACAAUAUAAACAGAUUGAAAAAAGUUUGUCUGAAGAACACCGGCAUUGUGAGAGUGUUAGUUUGGCAUCCUCAAACUAUGAAAUGUGCAGUUGCUCUUAGAGAUGAUUCAAUUAGAAUAUUUACUUCAAAUAAUAAAAUGAUUCCAGUUUUAAAACAUAGAUUGCAAAAAGAAGUUACUUCAAUGGCAUGGAAACCUUAUUAUUCUUCUAUUCUUGCUGUUGCUUGUAAUACGGGUGUUUUAGUAUGGCAAAUUGAUCCAACUUCUUUAGUAACAAGUCAUCACCAGUUGCUCCAUCAAGAUAAUCGUAUCGUGCAUCUCCCUUUUGUUAAUGGAUUCAUCACCUCCUUCAUCAACAUAUUCACCUCCAUCAUCUAUGGAUAUGUCACCUCCUUUCUCAUCACAUUCACCUACGUCAUCCUUAGAACCUCCACAACAAGGCCAUCAUCUAGCUGUGUUACAUUUUUAAAACAAAAAGGUCCGGUAACCUGUGUAUCUUGGCAUCCUGAUGGUUCUUUUCUUGUCUCGUCGUCCGCUGCUGAUAGCAAACUGCAUGUAUGGAAUGUAGCCAUGGAAACUAAAACUUAUGUUCAACGAAUGGGUGGUGGAGGUGUUACACUUUUAAAGUGGUCUAUGGAUGGUAAAAGACUGUUUACAGCAACUCCAUCUUCAUUAUUUAGAGUUUGGGAAACAACACAGAACUGGACUUGUGAGAAAUGGACUAAUUUGGUUGGGCAUUGUAAAGCAGCUUGUUGGAGUCCAGAUGGAAGUAUUUUAUUAUUUGCUACCCUAGAUGAACCUGUAAUAUAUUUUUUGAAUUUUCCUUCAUCAAAAUCACUUGAAAAAUAUGAUGAUUUAAGUUCAAAAUCUGCCAUUCCUGUCAUUGAUUUAACACAAAUUUUAGUUAAUACUGGUAAUGAUGAAAUCAGGAUUGGAGGUCGCAUUCAAAAUAUGAUAUGGGACAAGACAGGUGAAAGGCUAGCUGUUUCUUUCAAAGAUAAUUCUGAACUGAUUGCAAUAUUCAGAACAAAAGUUAAGCCAAUAUUGGAAAUUCAUCCACUUGGUUUUGUACGUGGUUUGCCAACUGAAUCUGUGCAAUUAAUGACUUUCCAUGAUCAUUUUUAUCAAGGUGCUCUCUUAACAGUUUGUUGGAGUAGUGGAAGAAUUGUCAAUAUACCAUUUUUCUUUGUAUCUGUUGAUUUAGACUUAGUAAACAAAGUUCCAGAAUAUGAGAAAAAUCUUUCAACAAAUGAAAUUGGUUUAAUGCAAAGAAAACAUACAAUUUACUCUUCUUCUUCAUUAGAAAAUGACAGAUACCAAAAUACAAGAAGAUGACAUCAUACUUUCAGAGACCUUCCCUAACCACGUUCAAGCAUAACAAGCAUAAAAUAUUCAUAUAAGCCUGAAGACUAGAAAAUAUGUCAUGAAAGUAGUUUUCCCCUCAACUCUCAGUCCUACAGGCAUUAAGAGGAUCUUUUUAGCAAGCCCAAUAUGGGUUCAGCCAGGACCACAACAGGCAACUGGCUGUGAGGAACAAGGACCUGGCAUAACCAGACAGACCAUUCCCUGAAAAAUUCCUUAGUUUAUUUUGUGUGUCCAGAUUCAAGCUUGGGUCCCCCCACAGCAGUAUGCUGCCACCUUGAUUGCUUGGCUAUCUGGCCAUCCAUGAAAUUAAUUAGCAUCACUGCUAAUAUCUUAAUAAUACAUUUUUUUAAAAUUUAUUAAUUUUUAUCAGCUUUUAUUUAUUGAUAUGUUUUU